AUGGCGGGCGUGCGCGCCGGGACGGGGGCGUUGGGCUCUGUCAUCGUCAAGCUCGCCGCCUUCCUUGGCGACGAGUACACGAUGCUCAAGCGGGUGCGUAAGGACAUCGCGUUCCUCGAGCGCGAGCUCCGCAGGAUGCAGAUCCUGGUGAACACGCUGGCGGACAUGGAGGGGCUCGACGUGCUGGCCAAGGACUGGAAGGGCAGCAUGCGCGACCUCAGUUAUGACAUGGAAGAGUGCAUCGACCGCUUUAUGCUCCGUCUCGGGAACGGCGACACCAAGCCCAGGUUCAGGAAGAAGACAGUACGCCAGCUCAAGACGCUCUUUGAGCGCCAUGGAAUCGGCUCCCAGAUCAAGGAGCUCAAGGCCCGUGUCGAGGAGGAGAACCAACGGCGGCAGAGGCUAAACCUCGACAAGUAG